CUUGGGAAUAGUCAACAAAAAUGUACUUUAUUUGGCAGGAAUGCCAUGGUCAGGGUUAUAUGGAUGGCCAGGAUAGUAUGAGGCUGCAUGCGCUGGUCAAUCCUCAUCCUUAGCCUUCUUCUAAGCAAAAUAAUUUCGCAUACAGAAAAUUGGUGUAAGCAGGAAUAAGCAAUGUCAUUCAAGCUUGUGAUUCUGAUAUCUUUUUUAGUAAGCUUAGCUGAUUCCCAAGAUCUCAGCUUCACCUACAAUGGCUUCCGGUCUGCUAAUCUAAGCCUUGAUGGUAUAGCUGCUAUCACCUCCAAUGGCCUUUUGAGACUUACAAAUCACACCAAGCAACAAAAGGGACACGCCUUUUAUCCAAACCCAAUAACAUUCGAGAGACCAUUAAAUGGCUCUGCUGUCACCUUCUCUACUACCUUUGUCUUUGCUAUUGUGUCCGAAAUUCCAGAUCUUAGUGGUCAUGGGAUAGCCUUUGUGAUUUCACCAAAAAGAGGCCUACCAGAAUCUCUUCCGAGCCAGUAUCUUGGUCUUUUUAAUGAGAACAACAACGGUAACGACACCAACCAUGUUGUUGCCGUGGAGCUUGACACGAUCUACAGCAGCGAAUUCGGCGAUAUCAACGAUAACCAUGUCGCGAUUGAUAUUAAUGGAUUAAGGUCUGUUCAGUCUGCUGCAGCAGGAUACCAUGCUAAUCCUGGAAACAGGACGACAAAUUUGAGCCUUAUUAGUGGCAAACCGAUGCAGCUUUGGGUGGAAUAUGAUGGUGCAAAGAAGCAGCUUAACGUCACUUUAGCUCCAAUCAAGAUUGGUAAACCCAGUGUUCCACUUUUGUCUUUAACCCGUGAUUUGUCACCAAUCUUGCAAAAUACUAUGUAUGUUGGCUUCUCAUCAUCAACUGGCUCUGUCCUAACAUCUCAUUAUGUAUUGGGCUGGAGCUAUAAGAUGAAUGGCCAGGCUCAACCACUCGAUCUUUCUGCACUUCCUAAGCUUCCACGAAUUGGACCUAAGAAGAGGUCCAAAUUUGUAACCAUAGGGGUGCCUGCGAUUUCUAUAAGUUCAAUUUUAAUAGCAAUCUCAGGUUCAGUUUACUUCAUAAGAAGAAAAAGGAAGUUCGCUGAAGAGCUUGAAGAUUGGGAACUUGACUAUUGGCCUCAUAGAUUCAAAUAUAAAGAUUUAUAUAUAGCCACAAAAGGUUUCAAGGACAAGGAGCUAUUGGGUAGUGGUGGAUUUGGCAGGGUUUAUAAAGGCGUAUUACCAAUUCCUAAGUUAGAGAUUGCAGUGAAAAGGGUGUCGCAUGAAACAAGGCAGGGGAUGAAGGUUUUUAUAGCUGAAAUUGUUAGUAUUGGUCGUCUUCGUCAUCGGAACUUGGUCACUCUCUUGGGCUAUUGCCGGCGAAAAGGAGAACUACUUCUGGUUUACGACUACAUGCCUAACGGAAGCUUAGACAAGUACUUGUAUGAUCAACCUGAGGUCACUCUAAAUUGGAGCCAAAGAUUUAAAGUGAUCAAAGGUGUAGCUUCCGGGCUGUUUUAUCUACAUGAAGAAUGGGAGCAAGUUGUGAUUCAUAGAGAUGUGAAGGCUAGCAAUGUCUUGCUAGACGGCGAGAUGAAUGCAAGAUUGGGAGAUUUUGGUCUUGCGAGAUUGUAUGACCAUGGAACAGAUCCUCAAACAACUCAUGUUGUUGGUACUUUUGGGUAUCUUGCACCUGAGCAUACUCGAACCGGAAAGGCCACAACAAAAACUGAUGUGUUUAGCUUCGGUGCAUUUUUACUUGAGGUUGCUAGUGGGAGAAGGCCAAUUGAGAGAAGCACAACACCAGAGGAUAUAAUAUCGGUUGAUUGGGUGUUCUCUUGUUGGAUUCGAGGUGAAAUUGUUGAGGCCAAAGAUCCAAAUUUGGGUACAGAUUUUAUAGCAGAAGAAGUGGAGUUAGUGUUAAAACUUGGAUUGUUGUGCUCUCAUGCGGAACCUGAAGCUAGGCCAAGCAUGCGACAAGUCAUGCAAAUCUUAGAGAGAGAUAUUCCUCUACCAGAAUUAUCAUCACUUGGCCUGUCAGCCAGCGGCCUUGUAUUUGCACGCCAUGAAGGUUUUGAUGAUUUUGCCAUGUCCUGUCCCUCUUCUAUGGACAAGGCAUUCUCUCAUACAUCUACUAUUGCAGAGUCCCUUCUUUCGGGAGGCCGCUGAUUUUUUGUCUUUUUUGUCUUCUUUCUCUUUUGUUUAAUUCCGUGUUCCAUCUUUCCUUGUGGACAUUAUGCAUUCAGCAAGUUCAUGGUGAUAGAGGUGGUCAGAUGGUUUCGUCUUUACUGUAUGCCAUGUACUACAUAGAAACAGCUACUGCUGUACUAUGCAAGAAAUAAAAUUGUCCAAACCAUCAACUUAUUAA